GACUCGCCGUCGUCCGGCUGCGGGUGAUCGCUAGUUGAGGUGAUGGCGACUGGGACGCCGGAUUCGCAAGCCCGAUUUGGUCAGUCCGUGAAGGGGCUUCUCACGGAGAAGGUGAACACCUGUGGCACCGAUGUAAUCGCGCUCACCAAGCAGGUGCUGAAAGGCUCGCGGAGCUCCGAGCUGCUGGGGCAGGCAGCUCGAAACAUGGUACUACAGGAAGAUGCCAUCUUACACUCGGAAGAUAGUUUAAGGAAGAUGGCAAUAAUAACAACACACCUUCAGUACCAGCAAGAAGCUAUUCAGAAGAAUGUGGAACAGUCGCCUGACCUGCAGGACCAGUUGAGUCACUUACUGAAGUAGCACAUCAGAUGCUAAGGAGGGCCUGUCCUACACAACCAUCAGGCCGUGGCCUUGGUCUCCAUCUUCAUCUCCAGAGAAUCAUCUAGAAAAGACUUGUGAAGCCAGGCGUGGUGGUGCACACCUUUAAUCCCAGCUUUUCUGAGUUCAAGGCCAGCCUGGUCUACAGAGUGAGUUCCAGGACAGCCAGAGCUACAAAAAAAAAAAAAAAAAAAAAAAAAAAAGACUCGUGAAAAGAAGAAGCCAAGUGACUGAGCAUGGAAGCAGUUCUUAAAUUGAUGAACUCAUCUUCAAGUUGGUUUAUAUUGAAAUAAAUAGGUUGAAUCAUUAGCACUAAAAAAAGAAAGGUACCUCAGCUUGUUAAAAGCUGUAUUGUCUGUGAUUCUAUGUCUCUCUCUCUCUCUCUCUCUCUCUCUCUCUCUCUCUCUCUCUCUCUCUCUCUCCCUCUCGCGCUCGCUCUUGUAUGUCUUCCCCCCCUCCCCGCCCCCGUGUAGCUUGUGUGGCUUUGAACUCAUAAUCCCCCUGCUGUAGCCUCUCAACUAUUGGGAUUACAAAUCACCCCCCCCUGGUCACUGAGUAACACAUAGUCUCCGAUACUUGGGAGGCUGAGGCAGGAGGAUCACUUGUGCCCAGAAAGUUGAGACCAUCCAGGGCAACACAGAAAGAACCUAUCUCCAAGAAGAAGAGGAAAGGAUAGAGGGAGGGGCCCUUAUUGUAAUCUUGUGAGAAUGAUUUCCAUUUUAAAAGAUGUUUAUUAUUCAUUCAAGAGUCUUCACUUAGUGGACACGGAGCAAGGAUAAUGGCUGUUGUUUCCUUUCUCACUACAAAUUCUUAUAUGAAAAUCAGGCCAGUGGUGUCCCCCCUGGCCAGCUGCAGCUCUGCCUUGACCUUUGUUUCUGGCUUCUUUCUUUCUUUCUUUCUUUCUUUCUUUCUUUCUUUCUUUCUUUCUUUCUUUCUUUCUUUCUUUCUCUCUGUGACUCUUGAUUAAGUGACCUUGGUUCAUUUUGUAAUCAUUUAUAGCCAUUCCAUUCCCUUGGAAUCUGGCAGUAAAGUCACACAAGUGGACCCGCUGAUACUUAAGUAAUGCUACAUAAAAGAACUACACAGACCCAAUCUCCAACAAAACAAAAAGGCGAAAAAGAUAUAAAACCACUAGGGAGUUUUACAUAUUAGUGUGUUGAAGGGUCACGUCAACCAUAAAAGGGCAAAUUAAGAAAUGCAUCACUGACUAUGACGUGUAUAAAGUGAGUUAGACCUGAAGAGUUCCUCCUCAGCUCGAUGCCUAAAGUGCAAUCAAUGUAAAAAUGUCUGUCUCCUUAUAAAGACAUGGCAUUACAAAGUUAGCAUUUGAAAGAAUGUGUCCAGAUCAAUUGUGAAGAAUGAUCCACAAAGGGACAAAGAAGCAGCAGUGCAAAUGGCAUUUGCUUGUGGCCCCAUUCCUGUGACUUCCACAGACUGUCAAAGAGCAGACCCUUUCCAUGUACUCCCAGCAUCAUAUAAAAUAUGACCAUAUGAAGAUAAAAUAUGACCAUAUGAAGCUGGUGCGAUGGCUCAGCAGUUAAAAAACACUUGCUGCUUUUGGAGAGGACCCAGGUUCAGUUCCCAUCACCCGCUUCAGAAAGCUCACUGGUGUCUAUGACUAUAGCUCCAAGGGAUCUAAUGUCCUCUUCUGGGCUCCCUGGACACCUGCAUUCUCAUACAUAUGCCUGAACACAGAUACAUAUCUAUAAAACUAAAACAUUUUUUUAAAAAUUAUUUAAAAUUCAUCUGCUAAAGAAAAUGUAAUUUUCAUUUAAAAUAAAAAGCACGACGCUAUAAC